CACUUAUAUAACUGUAUUUUCAUUGUAUAUAUGAAGUAUUGACCUUGACACAGUUUGAUGAUGCGUAACGUAAGUGUGCCUGUCCAAAAGCCCUUGCAAAUACAAAUUUGCUUGACUAACUGUACCAAAAAAGCAGGCCCCCCAUUUUUUCUAGCUUACCCAAAUAUUUGACACUAGAUGUUGGCAACUUUGGACACUACCUUCUCAUACCACUAAACUAUCCAUUUUCUUUUUGCUGACUUGACUUGGACUCUUUCUGCUUCUUCUAUUACUCAUACCUGUGCACUUUGAGUUAUUUAAAGAGUCCACUAUUAUCUUGUAUUGGUUCCCAAGUACUUUUUUGCAAUUACCCUGUCUUCUUUCAUAACUGAAAUCAAGAAACUUGAUCUUAAAUUUAGCCUUUUACAAAGGCCUUCGUAAAGGUCUUCAAGGGCGUAGCAGAUGCUAACAACUGUUUAGGAAGGCUUGGUAUGGAUCUUGCCUGGAUACUUUUGCUUCAUCUACCCGAAUGGAGCCUGAAAUGUGAUAAAAUUAGACUGAAUAGGGGCUUUAGCCCUUCCAGUCCCUUCGUAACCUACGCUUAUGCAAUCCCCGGGCGUCUUCCUAACAUUUUUAGGUACCCACGGGAACCCUUUAAUUGCCAUUUACAAGGCAUAAGCCUUGGCCGUGCCACUCCACUUUCUAGCCCCUCCACAGGUUAUGUUACUGGAAAUACUGAUAAGUUUCCAAGGUAGUUGGGGGGUCCGAAAACAUCCAAUUUGAUCGUAGCUCUUUCCUUAACACUUCAAAUAAAUAGUUACAGGCAUGCUAAAAUUAACAAAUAACGAACAGGUCAGAGAAUAUUCUGAUGAUGACUGUCGCACCUUAACGGAAGUCUAUUAAGGAAUUUCUACUGUUGGGGGUUUAAUGGAAAAUUACCUUUUCUUACUGUGACGCAAAUGAAAGCAGAAAUGAGAACGAAAAAGGGCAAUUCUGCACCCUUGAUGAUAAUGGGUGGUGCCGAAAAUAGAUAUGUACACAAGCAAAACAACUCAAUUAAUUAAAACUGUUUUGUACAAAAUACCCUGCACCUUAGCGUAGUAUGACCGAUAGAUAAAAGGGCUUAAGGUGGGGGGGUGCCAAAGCCCUUUGGAAAAAAAUCCGUUUCGAAAACAGGGAGUCACCCUCUUUGUCAGGAAAUGUGAUUCAAAGGAAAAACGGCACUGGCAGAAUGCAAAUCGAAAACAGCUUUACAGGAAUGUUGUUGUUGCUGUAAAAUCUGCAUUAUCUUUAUAUUUUUACAGAAAAUUAUUUUCUUGCGAGUUCUCACCAAUUUUUCACACAUCAGUUGUUGUUAACUAUAGAAAAUAUUGCUAAAUGCUUGUUUUUGACCACAAUGGUGUUUCGCUAUUGAUGAUAAACAUCGGAUCGACGAAAUCACGCGUUGUAUUUAGCAGAUGUGCAACAGGAAGGAUUAGGCCUACUGCAAAUAAAGAAGCUUCAAAAGAAUGAAGUAACCUAUCACCUGUAGAUUGACUUUUCGUGAUGGAAGAAGGAGUUCUUGUCUAUGAUUACAGUGACAUUUUGCACCUGCAUUGCCAGACAUGUUAUCAAAAACUUUGUCCAGAACAGCAGAAUUGCACCCAAGCAAGGUGCCUUUAUUGUGACAUACAGAUGCAUAGCUGUAAAAUAGAUGACCACGAGACAAUCUGUGCAAUGAUGCCUAGGCCAUGCCCAAAUGCUUAUUACGGCUGCUCCAGCAAAGUUCCAACGCAUGAGGUCGCAAAGCACCUGGAUACUUGCCCAGCCAAUGUGGUCCAAUGUGCCAUGGAAUGGAAUCGGUAUCCUCUUUACUCAAGGGAAAAAUUCACUCUCACAAACCUAUAUAGUUUUGCUGAAAAUAAAUUUAAGCAGGCGAUUGAGCACUGGAUUCCUUUCCCUGAAAUAAACCCUCCAAAAAUAAAAGGACAACUCGACAUUGAAUUUGCUUUGAGCGAUCAAAGGAAAUUAGCAAUGGAAAAGAAGAAGAAAAUGAUGAUAGGGAGAUGGAAGGUGUCAAGACGACGUGAGGUAAAUAAGAUAGAUCAAGGCCGUAUAGACCAGUUGGCGAGCUUGUUUGCGUCUAAAAACAAUUUUGUCACUAACGGCCCCGCUCUUGUUGAUUCUGUAUUAGGUUCCGAACAAUAUAGAGAGGAAUCUUCAGUGGCCAACAGCAAUGAAAAUGCGAAUAAAGAAGCGGGGCCUGAACAAAAUAUUUUGGAUAAGCCAUGUUCAGACGAUCGAACUUACACACGGGAAACUCCAGUCCAAGUAAAUUUGCCAUCCAAAGUUUCAUUGGAAAAGCUAAAAGAAGAAAAAGAAAAGUAUAUAGAAGAAAAAUUGAAUAGCACUAUAAAAGAAAGUAAAUCAGAUGAUUUGGAAUUUAACGGUUCCUGGAAGUCUAAUCACAGGAGACCGAUAUUCGAGGAAACUGAUUUAGUUGGUAAAGGAUCAGAAAAGACGCUGCCAGAAAUCGAUGAUAAUAAUGAAGUAGAGCUUGUGUUCAGUGUAGAUGUACAGUCAGCGGAUUUCCAUUCCGAGAAAGAAGCGAUUUUGAUAUGUAAUGCCAAAAGUGAAGUACCGAAUCUUCCCCGACGUUAUUUGGAGCAUUUGGAGAACGCACGAACGGAAGGUCUGGGUUUGAAUGUUGUGAUUGAAACAAUUCCAAAGUUUCAAAGUACCUACCCUAUGUAUAGCAUUCCAUGCCAAGUUAGUCUCAGACGAGAUCAGUAUUGUUCACAUUUUAAAAAUGUUCAUGAUGAUAUUCAUGGUGGCUUGAACUACUGGACGCAGCAUCGUUGCCCCCUGGCCCAAUACGGUUGUACAUACAUAAGAAACCGACUAAGGCCAGGUAGCAAGGAGGCUUCUGUUGUCUUUGAUCACGAUAUAGAUAAUUUUGGUAUAAGACCAACGAAAGUGCUUAAUUGCGGAAAACAGGAGACUGGUAAUGAGUUUGCAUUGUUGUGCCUGCCAGUUGAACUGAUUGAGAAAAUAGCGAUGUAUCUUGAUAGUUUCAGUAUCAACCAGUUUUCGAAGAGUUGUAGAACCGCACGUGAAGUUUGUCGUAGUUUGCUUCAACAGAGAGGUAUAGUUGUUUUCGACUGGGAACGAGGAUAUUACCCUGAUGGUUCAGUAACUUGGCGUGUUCGUCGAAAGCGUUGGUUUUUCACACCGGCUUUCUCAAAGAUUGAUACGUGGUGCUUCACUGAUGAACCUCCUAUUGGUGAACAUUUGAAGAAGUGCCAGUUCUACAACAAAGUGUUGAGGAAAAAAGUGCUUAAACUCCCGAUUGCUGAUCCAGGAAAGAUCAAGCUGAAAAGUGAUUGGAGGGUUAGUCCUGUUGAUGCCGAAGACUGAGAAUUCUAGCUAAAAUUUUGAUAUUAAAAUGUGUUUGUAGACGAAAUCUCUACUGUGGAUGUAAUGGCAUGGCUAACAGGCUACCGUUUCGAACUUUAGCAACGAUUUUGGCUUAAUUGCAUGAAAAUUUAGUAUCCGAAAAUUAUGUUUUCGUAAAAAGAUUGAAAUUUUUCCACUUGCUUAGUUGGUAUUGUAUUCGUGCAUUACACGAUGCGGUUAUUUGGAGCUGAAAGCCGACAUCUGCUUGACUAUUCAUUAGCUGCGGUCCUAAAAGCCGGCCUUCAUUUCUCAGGAAUUAGGUCUUACGCAUGGGACCCAUUGGAAGUUUGCUCGAAGACAAUGAAAUAUAUUCUCGAAUCCCAAAAAGACCUGACGAAAAUACCUGCAACGGGGACCGGGGGCAGGGGGCAUGACCCCGCUCAUUUUUUGCAGAAUGCUUCCAGCUCACCUUUGUCUGUGUUACCUGUUAGCCCUUCUGUUUGGAUGCAGCAGCGAUUUUUGAUAGUUUUUUAUGCAUUUUUCUAUUAUUUAAUAAAAUAGUAAUCUUUAAUGUGAGUUACGGGACGAAAUUUUUUCGGAGAUCCAAAAAUGACUUUUAGUUCUUAGAAUUAAAUUUUGUGGCUAAUAUAUGGAUUUUUGCACAUGUAAUAAAAUGGGACA